UAGCCUAGCCUCUUCUCAUAGCUAAAUCUACUUGAGUGCUUGAGGAGUUUAUCUAAAUCUACCUUGGUCUGCACUCAAAGAACAAGUGCUUCCUCAAGCCUCAACAUCAAAAGCACUUAACCUCACAAAUCUUUUAACCCCUCAACUCAAUUUCUCUUCUCUCAAGUGAUUCUGAAGAUGUCUUUACAGCUUCAACCACUGCCUCAGCAACAGCAACAGCAACAGCAGCCUGUCCAGGUCUACCCUACCAGUGUUACAUACCAGUCACCUCCCCACCAUUCAAAUGGUUCUUUUGGGUCAGUGUUUGUUGUCCUGGCCAUAAUAAUAGUCAUUUCUGCUGUUGCUUGUUUUCUUGGAAGGCUUUGCAGCCGGCGCGGCGGAGGUGGGAAACAUGCUAAGCAGCAAAAGCAGCCAAACCAGCACAACAUGCGUCCAAAAGAAGUGGAUAUUGAAUUUGGGUUUGACAAGAAGAUUGCAGCUUCCAAGCCUAUUAAUGGACAUGGAUCAGGUAGAGUGCACAAGCCAAUUUCUCAUGCUGACAUGCAAAGCUUUGAAGGUAGAGUACACAAGCCAAUUUCUCAUGCUGACAUGAAAAGCUUUGAAGGUAGAUCACACAAGCCAAUUUCUCAUGCUGAUAUGCAAAGCUUUGAAAUGAGGCUUGGCCCUCAAGGAAAGAUGAGACCAAGUGCAUAAUGGGAGCAUAAAGAGUAACAUUAUGUCGACAUAGCCAUCUUAUGGCAACCAUGCCACUACUAUACCAUUGUGUUUCUGUUUAUCUUCUCUGUUUUUCAGUCUUAGAUUUCGAACUGCAAGAUGAAAUGUAUAAUUAUAUUCUCCCUAUUCUUAAUGUCAAAACCAAGGCUUUGGCUUAUUUUCUUCUUAAA